AUGGCGGCACAAGUGGAGCAGCAGACGGGGAGAGAGCAGCACGGCGAGCACAGCAACACGACAGUGGCCUACGACGCCUUCCCCGCCGACCUCUUCGACUGGCUCGGCGCCACCUUCGGCUUCCAACUCGACAACGUCCGCAACCAGCGGGAGCACCUCGUGCUCCACCUCGCCAACGUGCAGCUCCACACGGGCGGCGCCCUCCCCGCCGACGUGCUGCACCACUCCGUCGCGUGGGACAUCCGGAGGAAGCUCCUCAAGACCUGGUGGCUGGUGCUCCUACCUCCGCAAGAGGCCGCACGUCCAUGUGCCGCCAAGCAGCGGACGUCGUGUCGCGCAGGGGGUCGGACCACGCGCCGCGACACCGCUCUGUACCUCCUCAUCUAG